GGCCCGGGGCAGGAGGCGGGGGCAGUUCGUGGGGGAGUCGGGAGCGGAGCGGGAGGCUCUGCGGGACCCAGUCGGACCGAGCCGCUGAGGCACCGCCCGCGCUCCGCCGCCGCGUCUGGGCGUCUCCUGCGCCGCCCAGGGGAGCGAGCUCCGAGCAUCUCGCGCUGCGGCCACUCCUCGGGGCCAGGAGCGGGGAAGACGAGUACUAGAAACCCCCAGACCCGAGCGCAGCCUCUUCCCGCCUCCCGAACCACCAUGACCCACUUCAACAAGGGCCCUUCCUACGGGCUCUCUGCCGAGGUCAAGAACAAGAUCGCUUCCAAGUAUGAUCAUCAGGCAGAAGAAGAUCUCCGAAACUGGAUAGAAGAGGUGACAGGCAUGAGCAUUGGCACCAACUUUCAGCUGGGCUUAAAAGAUGGCAUAAUCCUCUGCGAACUCAUAAACAAGCUACAGCCGGGCUCAGUGAAGAAGGUUAAUGAGUCCUCGUUAAACUGGCCUCAGUUGGAGAAUAUUGGCAACUUUAUUAAGGCUAUUCAAGCUUAUGGCAUGAAGCCACAUGACAUAUUUGAAGCGAACGAUCUUUUUGAGAAUGGAAACAUGACCCAGGUUCAGACUACACUGGUGGCUCUGGCAGGUCUGGCUAAAACAAAAGGAUUCCAUACAACCAUUGACAUCGGAGUUAAGUAUGCAGAAAAACAAACAAGACGUUUUGAUGAAGGAAAAUUAAAAGCUGGCCAGAGUGUAAUUGGUUUGCAGAUGGGAACCAACAAGUGCGCCAGCCAGGCAGGUAUGACGGCCUAUGGGACCAGGAGGCAUCUUUAUGAUCCCAAAAUGCAAACUGACAAACCUUUUGACCAGACCACAAUUAGUCUGCAGAUGGGUACCAACAAAGGAGCCAGCCAGGCGGGGAUGUUAGCACCAGGUACCAGAAGAGACAUCUACGAUCAGAAGCUAACAUUACAACCGGUGGACAACUCGACGAUUUCUCUACAGAUGGGAACCAACAAAGUUGCUUCCCAGAAAGGAAUGAGUGUGUAUGGGCUUGGGCGGCAAGUAUAUGAUCCGAAAUACUGUGCCGCUCCCACAGAACCUGUCAUUCACAAUGGAAGCCAAGGAACGGGAACAAAUGGGUCUGAAAUUAGUGAUAGUGAUUAUCAGGCAGAAUACCCAGAUGAAUAUCAUGGAGAGUACCAAGAUGACUACCCCAGAGAUUACCAAUAUGGCGACCAAGGCAUUGAUUAUUAGAUUUACACAGAGGAGCUCAGUAUUUAGCCCGUUUUUAUUCAGUGAGAACCAAGCUAGCCUUGAGUAAUUUUUAUCUUGUCUUCCUAAAACACUAUUAUGCUUAUUGUACCUAAAAGAAAUAUUGCCUUACGUACAUUCCCUUUUCCGCCUCUUCCCUAAAUAGUUCCCUUUUAGUGCUGUAACAGUUAAAUCCUACAGCAGAAGCAAUAACUCACAUAUGAAGUAAAAAGGAAUACUGUGAAAGGGGAGUACUCUUGUACAGCCAAUUCUCUUAUUAAAGACCUAUGCAUUUUUACAAUCUAAUAGACUGGGAUUUUCAAACAAUAGGAAGCUUUUUUUUUUUUUUUUUUUUUUUUUUUUUUUU